AUGCUAGGCAUGUUUGGCACGGCAGCGAGCAACCUCCUAACCGGCUGGGUCAUCGAUGCCCUGGAAGUCUCGGGCGUUGAAAAGAUUGACUGCCACCGCAUCAUCUUUCUCGGAUACGCCGGCAUCGGCCUCGUCAAGUUGUUUUGCUCUCUGCUGCUUAGUUCCGAGGUAGAGCACGUAGCGAUCGAGAAAGAGAGCUGCUCGUCCCCGGCUUCAAGUCAGUACGAUGGUGACGAUGAGGAGCAGAGUGAGAGGGAACCUCUUCUCGGCGACAACUCCCCUGGUUAUGGCGUUGCUAGCUCCAGGACCGUAUCUCCUAGUAGCACGGCUUCUCAGGAGAAGCGCAUGUUUACGCCUUCAUCCUUUACCUUCAUCUGGAAGCUCUCGGUCGCCAUGGCGUUUGACUUUGUCGGUUCGGGCCUCGCGCAGAUCUCUUGGAUGACUUACUUCUUCAAACGAGAGUACGACAUACCCGAAGGAGCCCUGGGCUCUGCAACUUUCACUGCCGGCAUCAUCUCAUCGGUGCUAAACCUGGCUUCGUCACCGCUUUCAAGGGCCAUCGGUCAAGUACAGACCAUGGUUCUCUGCCACACCAUUAACUCUAUUUCAUUACUCAUGGUUUCUGUGCCAGGGAACAAAUAUGUUGCCCUGGUAAUCUUUAUCUUCCGCAUUGUGACGCGGGAGAUUGACAAUGCGCCUCGACAAUCGUUUAUAUCCGCUGGGGUUCUUGAUCACGAGCGCACGUCAGCUAUGGGUGUCAUCAACAUCGUCAAGACAGUCGGUAGCUGUUUGGGCCUAUAUGUGACAGGCUUGUUUGCGGGGUUGGACCAGUUUUGGCUUGCCUUUAUUGUGGCCGGAGCUCUGAAGUUAGUGUAUAAUGUCUUGAUAUUGGUAUUUUUCUGGAGGAGAAGGUAA